AUGGGUUGGAGAAAGCCUCCAAAAGUUCCGGGUGUAGAAGUUGAUGAAAAUUUGUACAAGCUGAAAAUAAAAUGGGAACAUAUUCUUCCCGAAUGUAAUGUAAAGUACCAAGUGACGUAUGCAUUAAUAACAGAAAAUCAACCUGAAAGUUACUCUACCACUCGGACUGUUGAUACACCAUCUUUACUCAUAACCAAUGUACUACCAAACAGACAGUAUAAUAUAACUAUAAGAGCAACCUCAAAUGGAAAAACAGGCCCAGAAAUAUACACUACAGCUACAACAAGAAAGAAAAAGGAAGUGUCCGAAGUGGCAGUUGUGUAUGUGAUGUCACCUUUGUUCAUCGUAGUAGCAGUUAUGACUUUCUCCUACAAACGUGUAUAGAACCAAGAGCAACAAUAAACCAACAACCACUUCAAUAAUUGCAUCAUCGUGGCUUCAUUAUUAGAAGGAAAAAACUGUGCUUAAUUGUUUUGUCAACUAAUAGAUACCAAAGUGCAUCAAAUCUUGAAGUCUUACGUUGCUAGUUUACUAAUUGUGUCAAAAAAAUUGGGUAAAACACACAUAGUACAAUUCUGAAUAUGUCAGUAUGCUUUUUUAUAUCUUGUGUAUUUAAGCCUGUGUCUGCUUUUGGUUUUACAUUAUUGCCAUUAAAGAAAAUAAUUGCACGUAAUUUGUAUAAUAUGACUACUGAUAAAUGAAUUAAACUGAUUGGUCCAAAGUUCUGGAUGAG